UCACAUGACUUCGGCGUCUCUUCCGUCCUCUGAAGUUGGGACCACAUGAGCGGCUAUGAAAAGCCUAGCCGGGGUUGGGGGUACUGUGCCCCCGGCCCCGUGCUCCUCCUGAGUCUCCUGACGGCAGCUCCACUUGGCCUGCUGGGGGAGGAGACCCGCCAGGUGUCUCUGAAGGUCAUCUCUAACUGGCCGGACUUGUCCCAGAACCUGCUUCAUAUUCAGGCAGUGGGUACCAACUCCACGCUGCACUACGUGUGGAGCAGCCUGGGUCCCCCAGCAGUGCUGUUGGUGGCCACCAACACCCCCAACAGCACCCUGAGUGUCAACUGGAGCCUCCUGCUCUCCUCUGAUCCUGACGGGGGCCUGAUGGUGCUCCCCAAGAAGAGCAUCCAGUUUUCUUCUGCCCUUGUCUUUACCAGGCUAUUUGAGUUUGACAGCACCAACAUGUCCGACGCGGCCUCAAGGCCUCCAGGAAAAUCAUAUCCCCCGUACUCCUUGGCCAAUUUCUCCUGGAACAACAUCACUGACUCACUGGAUCCUGCCACCCUCAGCGCCACGUUUCGAGGCCACCCUGUUGACGACCCCACUGGGGCUUUUGCCAAUGGCAGCCUGACCUUCAGGGUCCAGGCCUUCUCCACAUCUGGCCGACCAGCCCAACCCCCUCGCCUCCUGCACUCAGCGGACACCUGCCAGCUAGAGGUGGCCCUGGCUGGGGUCUCUCCCCGGGGAAACCGCUCCCUGUUUGGGCUGGAGGUAGCCACCUUGGGCCCGGGCCCCGGCUGCCCCUCAAUGCAGGAGCUGCACUCCAUCGAUGAUGAGUAUGCCCCUGCUGUCUUCCAGUUGGAUCAGCUGCUAUGGAGCUCCCUCCCAUCAGGCUUCAUGCAGUGGCGACCAGUGGCUUUCUCCCAGAAGCAGGGCAGCCGGGAAUCAGCCAUGCCCUGCCAAUCUUCCCCGCUUUACCCCACCUUGGCAUACCUUCUCCCCCAGUCACCCAUUGUCCGAGCCUUCUUUAAGACCCAGAACAACUUCUGUGCCUUCAAUCUGACAUUUGGGGCUUCCACAGGCCCUGGCUACUGGGAUCAACACUACCUCAGCUGGCAUCGUGGCAGUGGCCCUCGGUGCUCCAGUGCUCAUGCUGCUGGCAGGAGGCCUGUUUCUGCUGCUGGGCCACAAGCGGUACUCUGAAUACCAGUCCAUAAAUUGAGGCCUGCUGUCUAGAGGAAAGGACAUUACUCGACCUGCCUUGCUGGUCUGCAGGUUUGAGGGUCAGUAUUCCCAGCCAGCUCCUCCUCUUUGCUGUCUUCCUUUUCGGUAGAACCUCAGAUCAGCCUCAACUUCCUGGGGGACCCAGGUGGGGCUUCCUUCCAACUCUGAGGAGGGACCAGACACAGAAUGAUUGCUAGAGGGAGGGUCCCCUCCGUGUUGCCUCCCCGUUCCUCCACCAUCCCAUUUGCCUUGAAUGGGACUCACAGGCCUAAAUGAGAGAGGCCUUCUGACUGUUUGCUGCCCCGGAAGGCAUGAAAUAGACUAGUUUUUUUUUCCACAGGGCUUGUCUCUCAAUAUGGUGCGUUGUUGGGCAGGUUGGAACCUGGUUCCAGGGAAUGAGCGGGCUGGAGGAGGGGCAUGGAAGGCAAAUUCUUUCUGAAGCCCCAUUUCCUCAUCAGGCCUAGUUCUCUCCCUUGCCAUGGGACCAGGCUCCUCCCAGCCACUCUUCAAUAUGUGGAUCUGGGAGGUUUCUGGUGCAGUCUGAAUCAAACAAGGACGGGACACUUGAGGUUAAGGGGCAAACCCAACGGAAGAGCCAAGAAAGACUGUGGUGUUAAUCGUUUAUUAUUAUAUACACAUUCAGACGGGGUUAACAUCAACCACCAUGCCUUCCAGCCACUCCCAGCCACCACAUGUGUGGGCAUGCACGCACACACACACACACAUACACACACCUCUUAGGAAGCAGGUUUCCCUGUCUGCUCCUCUUCCCACAGGAGAGAUAUGACUGGGCACUUUGGAGGUGCAAAGUUACAGGGACCUAAAGGGUUGGAAGACAGGAGUCAGCCACUCUGGGCUAGAGCAGCUGUAACGGACUUGGCUGAGGCUAAAGGGCCUACAAAGGCCAGUCAUGGAGGGUCCUGAACCCAGGUCCCCAGAAGGUUUUUCACCAAACAGGAAAGUCCUAUUUGAUCUGAUGCCCAGCCUUUACCUAAGGCAUAGGCAUGUUUCCAGUCUCUUGGAAGCCCUCUGCUUAGACACCCAGCACAGAAAUGGUCAGAGUUUUGGCUAUGCUCCACCGGCUGCCUCUGGCAGGAGGCUGCAGAGUGGGGAGCAGAGUCCAGCCUUUGUGGACCCUGUGGCAGUGGUCAGAGGCUGCUAAGGAAGGAACCAUGCCUCUGCCCCUGGUCCCGUGUCCUCAGCAUUCUUAAGGAACAUGGCUGUCCACCUCUUUCCCUGAAAGACUGUUUAAGUCCCUCCCAUAUAAUUGUCCCAGGCUCCUAAGAUGAAGGGGAGCACCCCAGGCUCUGAUUGGAUGGCACCCCUGUCCGGGCAGUAGGUGGGUUCAUCCCGCCCAGGAACAGAGGGGGCGGGGCAGCUCAGCCCCGGGAGCGGGGCCUGUAGUCUGAGGCUGAGCGGGCAUGGUCAGGGUAGUCCAGGCGGCUCUCAGAGGCAGUGAGCAUGCGUUCAGGCUCCACCACGAACAUGUAGUAGAAGUUCCACAUCAGCAUGGACAGCAGGGGCAGGAACGUCAGGCCGUAGCCAAAGCCUCGGAAGGAGCGGCCCACAGCGAAGGUCAGCCAGUAUAUGAGCCUGGGAGGCAAGCAAAGGUCGGGCUUUCCUUGAGGGAAGUGCAUCAGCUAACAGGUUGAUGAUAGGGAGAGUGGAAAGUGAGGGAGGCAGAUGGGGGUUGGUUGGCACAACUGAUACCUCUGAAAACAACCAGUGUUCGUGCACUGACGUAUGUGCCAGGCACGGUACUAAUUACUUUAGGGGCACUAUUUAAUUUAGACCUCACAUCUCUAUGAAGUGUGUAUAUUAUUCACCUCCCUCUUUGUAUACUUCUCAAAUUUGAAUUAAAAAGUUUUGAGUAGGCAACAUACAUUUACAUGGUUCAAAAUUCAAAGGCACCAGUGAGUACAGUAAAAUGUUUUCCUUUACUGAUUCCCAGAUACUCUGUUCUCUUCCUUCACCUCCUCGCCUCGAUUCUACUCCCACCCCAGACAUCCAAUAUUAUGGUUUCUCAUACAUCGUGAAGUUUUCUGUAUAUAUAAACAAGAAAAUUUAUGUUUUCCUCCCCUGCCUCUUUUUUCUUUUUUUGAGGUUUGGGAGCAUGCUAUUCCAUGGGGUUGCAGAGUCAGACAUGACUGAGUGACUGAACUGAACUGAGCAUACUAUAGAGACUGUUCUGCACAUUGAUUUUUUCCCCCCAUUGAAUGCAUCUUGGAGGUUAUGUCAUUGUGUGUGUGUGCUCAGUUGCUCAGUUGUCUCCGACUCCUUGAGACUCCAUGGGCUGUAGCCCACCAGGCUCCUCUGUCCAUGGAACUUUCCAGGCAAGAUUACUGGAGUGGGUUGCCAUUUCCUACUCCAGGAGAUCUUCCCAACCCAGGGAUUGAACCCACAUCGCCUGCAUCUCCUGCAUUGGCAGGUGGAGUCUUUACCACUGACCCACCUGAGAAGCGAUUGUGUCAUAUCAGUAUAUAAAGAGCUUCAUUAUUUCGCA